CAAGAGGUCUAGGCACCUCCCAGCUGUGCGUGCCGCCCCAAAGCGAGCGAUGCUUCGAUGCUCCACGUGCGGAUCUUCUGGGCUCUGUGGGCUGCCGCGGUCGAGAAGCCGCUGUCGCAACUGUGCGUCCUGUCUCCGGAGAGCCUCCGAGAAGCCUUGGCCGAUCGCGAUCCACCAGGAUGUAUCGAGGGAGCCACGGCCACCUUUGCUGCGCCCGCGCCGGAGCAGCGGAUCUGGGGAGUGCUCCACUGGACUCGCCACGGCUGCGAGGCGAAUGCCACAGGCGUCGGCCCCGUCGGCCCCGACGGGGCACCGCCCCGGCUGCACUUGGCGCGUCGUGGGCGGUGCUCCUUCGCUGCGAAGUCGGCGGCGGCGGCGCGGCGCGGCGCGGUGGGGCUGGUGGUGGCAGACUUUGAGGCCUCGGAGGAGAUGGACACGAAGGUGGCUGAGACCCUUGUGGCAGGCACACAGGGGCAGCUCAGCUUGAUCCCAACUUUGCUGAUCGGCCAGCGCGCUGCUUGGCCUUUGGUGAAUGCGACCACAGCAGGCGACGUCGUCGAGGUCGAAGUGGUUUGGGGGAGAGGGAGGCCAUUGCCCCUGGUGCUAGAUGUUUGGCUACCAGCAAAUAGUUGGUCCAGCUCACUCCUUCGCGAAUUGGCACCUGCACUCCGAGAUCUUGACGAAGCGGUUCGGAUUCAGCCACACUGGCGGGUGGUGCCUUUCGAGGAGGCGACCAGCACUGCCUUGGCCCGGCACUGUGCUCGAGCACUGCCUCAGCUCUGCGCGGCCGCUGGGGAUGCUGCCGACUUGGAGGAGGUCGUGAGACACCACUGUCUUUUGCGUGGCCACCCAAAGCUUUGGUGGCAUUACGUGGAAUCUGGAUGCCAUGGCACGACCUGCGGCUCCGGGAGUCGCUUCGCCCUCAGCCAGCUGGGCUUGUCAGCCGUUCAGGUGGCGCAGAUCGAAAGCUGUGUGGCCUCGGAAGGCCUUUCCUUCUUGGAGGAUGAUCGAGAAGCCAUCUCCUGGGGAAGCAGCGACUCCACGAUGGUCCGUGUGAACGGAUGGCGCUACAGUGGACCGGUCGAGGCUGAGCCGGUGCUCCGGACCAUUUGUCAGCAGCUUCCACCGGCCAUGCCCGCUUGCAAACGGUUCCUUCCCGAGGAACUGCCACCUGAAGGCCUUCCUGUGUGGAAGCUUUUGGGUCUUUGUCUCCUCGCGGCCCUAUUGGGUCGCAGCGCUCGGCAGCUGCUGCUGGCCCUGCUGCGGCGCUGCAAGACGCAGAAGCGAGCGUAGCGCGUAGCCAAAAGGUGCGUCGGGCGCAACGGAAGCGGCAAAGCGGGGGCUGGGAGCAAAGAGCUCGGAAGAGCUUGCAGCCACGUAGCACUGGCAGGCAAAGCAGAUCAGUU